CUUCUCCGUAAGGUACAAGAUCCCGAGUAGUAAAAUUUUCUAUUUUUGCCUCUUAUAUAAAAUAAGGGUCCUUCUCUAGCGCGGAACGUAUUCCGUCUAUCGUUUAUUACCUAUCGGACAUGUGAUAGCGGGGUGGAAAACUAAGAAGAACAACGUCAUCCUUGCGACAAGCAGAACAGUUAUAGUCUUUAGUCUCUCCCCUUACAAGAUCCCCUUUAAAUCAAGGACGGUAAUCUAAGAACCAUGUUUACGGGAUUAGUCGAGGAGAUUGGCGUCGUCGCCGAGCUCAACCCCCACGACGAAACGGGCGGCACAUCCCUCACCAUCGCGCUCCCCGCGUCCUCCAAGCUGCUCGAGGGCGCCCUCCUCGGCGACAGCAUCUCCGUCAACGGCGUGUGUCUCACCGCGACUCAUCUCAGCACCAUCACCACCGAUAACGGCCAACAACAGCCGUCCUUCAAAGUCGGCAUCGCCCCCGAAACCCUGCGCCUGACGAACCUCGGGGACCUAAAGCGGGACUCGCCCGUCAACCUCGAGCGCGCGGUCCGCGCCGACACCCGCAUGGGCGGGCACUUCGUGCAGGGGCACGUGGACACCACGGCGGACGUGGUAUCGGUCACGCCGGACGGCAACGCGCUGACGGUGCGGCUGGCGCCGCGGUCGCUGGAGGCGCUGCGGUACGUGGUGCACAAGGGGUACGUGGCGCUGGACGGGACGAGCCUGACGGUGACGAGGGUGGACGACGCGGAAGGGUGGUUCGAGGUCAUGCUCAUCGCGUACACGCAGGAGAAGGUGGUGCUGGCGCGCAAGGCCGCGGGCGACUCGGUCAAUCUGGAGGUGGAUGUGCUGGCUAAGUAUGCGGAGAAGAGCAUGGCGGGGUAUCUGGGCGCGCAGGGCGAGAUGUUGGUUAAGCCGAUGCUGGAGGAUAUAGUGCAGAAUUUGGUGGCGCAGGCUAUGGGGGGGCAUUCGUGAGGGGGGGUGGAUGGAUGGAUGGAC